GGAAUAAAUUUUGAAGUGGUUGUCAGUAAUUUUUCCGAAUCAUUGGAUAAAUCAAAAUAUAGCCCCAUCGAAUAUGUAAUAGAGAAUGCUACCGAGAAAGGUCUAGAGGUGUAUGGACGUUUGGCGCAAGAAGACAAGGAUACCGAUCUAGUGAUCGCCGCCGACACUGUGGUUUCAUUAGAUGGUGAAAUUUUAGAAAAGCCCAUCGAUAAAGAUGAUGCGUUUAAAAUGCUCAAAAAGAUUAAUAAUCUCGAACCUGUUCAUCCUGGAUAUGAACUAGUGACUUUCGUAGAAGAGACAGAGGUAGUAUUUAGAGAUAACAGUGAUGAGACAUUACUAGAAUACGUUAACAGCGGUGAACCAUUGGACAAAGCUGGCAU